AUUCCCAAAGCAACUCUGUUUUGUACACGUGCAUUUAAAAGUUUAGUUUUCUUUUAACAGAGAACUUUUAUUUUGUCUGCGUUUUAUAUAAAUGUGUCUCACAAUAUAACUUCGAAAUGGACAUAGUGAAGGAGAUUUUAGAAAAACAGCAACGUGCUCUAGAAAAAUAUAAGCCAAUCACGGUAGAUAAGCAUUUGGAAGUACGUCUGGAUAUUGGUUCUUUGCUGUGUACGGAUCCGAAUGACUUAGAAGAUAAAGAACUUAAAAAUAAUAAAGAACAGUACUUGUUGAAUCUUACCCGUGAUAAUACACAGCUAUUAAUUAAUGGCAUUUGGGCACUGCCAACUGAGCGUGUGGACGAAUGCAUUGUUGCAAAGUUACCUGAGCCGACAACGGUAUUGCCACGGCUGCGUAAACCACCAGGACCAAAGCCACUUACAAAAUGGGAAAAAAUCGCAAAAGAGAAAGGAAUCAAAAAGAAGAAAAGGGAUAAGAAAAAGUACGAUGAAGUACUUGAUAAAUGGGUUCCCACUUAUGGUUUUAAACGUGCCGAUGCAGAGAAAGAAAAGGAAUGGGUUCUAGAAGUGCCCAAAAAUGCGGAUCCGAACGAAGAUAUGUUCCAGAAAAAAAUUGACCUGCGGAAUGAAAAGGUUGCUAAGAACGAGAUCCAACGGAUGAAGAAUAUUGUUCGGGCGAAGAAAGUGGAAGUGCCAAGGGGUGGUUAUUUCGGCCCAGAGGUUGCUUCUUCGGGACAAUUACUCACUGCCGUUACUGUCGCCAAAUCCUCUACAGCAUCCGUUGGUAAAUUCCAAAGUAAAUUACCUAAAGAAAAAGAAGCUCGUGGUAUUGGUGUGAAGGAAUUAAUACCUGGUGCAAAGCGUAAAGCUUCUCAUAUUAGUGAACAACCAGAGAAGGAAGUUAAUCUGGAUUUGAUAAAAAGCGUACUAAACAAAAAACCAAAAUAUGACAUUGAAAAAGCAAUUUCUCUACAAAAAAAUGAAAAUAAGCUAGAGAGAGAAUCUAAUCCAAUUGAAAAAGAUAGGAAGGCCAAGAAAGGAAAGGGUGGAAAAAAAGGCGGCGGAAAGGGUGGCAAGAAACCCAAAGGCGGACGUGGUCAGAGGGCACCAGGGAAAAAAUUAGGAGUUGGUAGAAAGAGGCGGUAAACAAAAAAUGUACACAUAUAAGUAAAUAUUAGUUCUAAAACAGUAAGGAAAAUGUACUAUAUUAAGAGUUUGAUAUUUCGGAGAACAAUUCGUUACACUAUAUUAUUUGUUUGUACAAAUACGAAUCUGUAAAAUAAAAUGUAGAUUUCGAACUGAAUUUUCAGAUACAUAGAAGAUAUUAUAAAUAUCUUACAAUAUCGCAAUUACAUAUAAAACUUAGUAACGUAGAGCUUUUUAGUCCGAAAAAAAUAAAAACUAACAAAUUCUGGAAAAUUCACUGGUUUUUAAAAAUAAACUCUUUCUGUUCCUCUAUUUCGCAGUGAGAAUAAUCAAAAAUGUAAAUAAAAAAUUAAGUUAAAUUUCCUAAUUGAGGUCGGUCGCCCCUCAGCAAGGAAUGUCCACCCGUCCGUCCAAUUUAAAUAAAUAUAAAUACAUACA